CCUAUAAAAGGAGAAGACAUCCACACCAUUUGUAUCAAUUAAGAAUAAAGAAACCAAGUAAUCAAGCAAGUAGGCAACCAAGUGAGAGUGAGAAGUAAGAGUAGUCUUGUAGGAGUGUGAGUGGUCUCGAGUGUGUCCCUGGAAAGUCAGAGAGUGUUAUAGCUUCUAAAGUGUGUCCUUGAGAGUGUGUGUUGUAAUAUUUUGUGAGUGCAAUACAAAUAAUUUGUUUACUUGUUUGUCUCUCCAACACUUGUGUUAGAGUUGUGUAUUCUUAGUUUUUCCUCAACACCGUUUUAGUUAAACCUUUUUGUUCUGCCUUUCCGACUAUCCUUGUUAUACUAAGAUGUGAUACGAAGAUUAAAACCGUCUACUUUCUAAUUUAUAAAAAAUAAAAAAAAAUAGAAAAAGAACUUUGGAAUGAAAAGCUUGUUAGCAUCCAUCAUUAGAUAAAGGAACAUGACCCUUAACUAAUCACUUGUUUCCUGCACUUAAGGGAUUAUUUUUGUUCACUAUCCUCAAGUGAUAGUAAUUUAAACUUAUCAAAUGGUAAUAAAUAAGGUGAUAAGCAUUACUACCACUUAUGGGUAGUGAGUAAAAAUGCACCCGCACAAAAGUGAACCUAACAUAACAUGCCCCUUAAUAAAUAUUCUAACGUGCACCAUAAAAUUAAAGCAAAUUUUCCUUCCAAACUCCAAUAAGAAACACUAUAGUCUGUCUUUUUUCCCCAAAACCCAAAAAAGAUGGUGCCUCCAUGCAUUCAUGACCUAACGACCCAACCCCUCUGGCUUCUCCUUCCUUCCACUCUUGGCUUCUUCAUCCUCCUCAAGCAUAUCACCUCUCUGGCCAAAUGGGUCUUCAUCCUCCUCCUCAGAGCCCCCAAAAACCUGAAAAAUUACGGCUCGUGGGCGUUGGUCACCGGUGCAACCGACGGCAUAGGAAAAGCAUUUGCCUUCCAACUUGCCCAAAAAGGCCUAAACCUAGUCCUAGUCAGCCGGAACUCCACCAAGCUCAAAUCAGUCUCCGAUAAAAUCCAUGCAAACUCUCCCUCUACCCUAAUAAAAACCAUUGCAUUCGACUUCUCAGGCAGAGGCUUGGACGGGCUGGACGAGCAACUGGAGAAGGAGAUCAGGGGUUUGGACAUCGGCGUUUUGAUCAACAACGUCGGGGUUACAUACCCGAGUGCCGGAUUCUUUCACGAGGUUGGUGAGGAAGUGUGGAUGAAUGUUGUGAAGGUGAAUGUGGAGGGUACAUCUAGAGUGAGCAUGGCAGUUGUGCGAGGGAUGGUUGAAAGGGAGAGAGGUGCAAUAGUUAAUAUUGGUUCUGGGGCUGGCAUUGCCGUGCCUUCUCAUCCUCUCUUCACGAUCUACGCUGCUACAAAAUCUUUUGUGGAUCAACUGUCUAGAUCCCUCCACGUGGAAUACAAGAGGUACGGAAUUGAUGUGCAAAGUCAGGUACCAUUAUACGUAGCAACAAAACUGGCGUCGAGCGUUGCUUCGAUCGAGAGGCCCUCCCUCUUCAUACCAACCCCAGAUGCUUAUGCAAAGGCAGCCAUUCAGCGGAUUGGCUACGAACCUCGCUGCUCACCGUUCUGGGCUCACUCAGUCCAGUGGUUCUUCUCGCGCUUGGCCCCCGACUCUCUUCUCGAUGCUUGGCGCCUCUCUAUUGGUUUAAAAAGAAGGGGGAAGAAACUCCAUGAAGAACUAAUAUAAUACGUACUCUGUUUUUUGACCAAAAAAUGACACUCUUUGUUAUUUCUCUCGUGUGAGCAGACAAGUUUAUGCAAUUAAUCUUAGAUUAUAUAUGAAUUGACAUGAGAGGAA